AAUUGGCAUUGGACUAGACCUUGAGCCUAUUCCCAUAGCAUUUAAUUCCGUCGAUUGUUUGUUAAGCAAGUUUUGCUAUUACAGUCUCGUACUUCUCCUGUUCACGUUAGAAUCUUGAAAUUUCUCGGAGUUCUGGAGAACACACACCACUCGGAAAUAACUCUGGAAUCGUGAUAAUUGCAUCGGAAACUUCGUGAUAAAAACACCAUCCAGAUCUAGAGAUAUCUUAGAAAAGUUAGUUGUCAGUCGUGAAUUUCUGAACGUCGCCGCAUCUAUAGUUCAUCAUUUUCUAUCACUUUAGAGUAUCACUGGAGAUUGACUGCUACUGAUUGUUCAUUAAUUAUCAAACAGCAAUUGACAUCAUUCUUCUAUCAGUUACAGCGAAUCAUAUAAAAUCACAAUAUGACUGUUCCUGUGGUCAAUGGCUCUUCUUGUGUCUCGCUCUUUGCGUCCUCUAAAGAGCUCCUCGACCAUGCCAUCAACUUCUACACCAACAUCAUUGGCUUGACUUUCCAUUCGGAAACAGGAAACUGCAUAUAUUUGGCCAACAAGGACAACAAGCUAACUAUUGAGUUAAAUAUUGAUGAGAAUGGCCCUUCUGAAGCGGAUAUUAAUGCCAAAAGACAGAAGUUCGUCCAUCAGUUGAACAUCCAUGACUGGAGAUCGAUGGAGUCGUCGGUAGUGAUAAAAUGUGCCAACUUGAACCAGGUCAUUGUAACAUUGCAGACGUUUAAGCAACCUCUUCAAAUCAGCCCCAACGAGUUGUUUCCAAACGAAGUCUACACUAUUGACCCCUUAGGAAACAUCAUUGGUUUUAAUGCUGCUUCUCAUCCCAUGACUUUAGUUCCCCCUAUGGAGAAAUUAAAGCCUCAGGGUUUGGAAUCGGCAGCAAUGUCUGCUAGUAGUUCUCAUUUCUCCAGGCAAGACGAAGGAUUUAAGAGAAGAAGAAACAUCGCGGUCAUGACCUCAGGUGGUGAUGCUCCCGGGAUGAACGCCAACGUUCGUGCCGUCGUUAGAGCUGCUAUCUUCAGAGGUUGUAAGGCAUUCGCCAUUAUGGAAGGCUACGAAGGAUUGGUGAGAGGUGGUCCUGAUUAUAUCAAGGAAAUGACCUGGCAUGACGUGAGAGGCUAUCUCUCUGAAGGUGGUACGAAUAUCGGUACGGCCAGAUGUAAGGAGUUCAGAGAAAGACCAGGUAGAUUAUUGGGCUGUAAGCAUCUCAUUGAAGCAGGUAUCGAUGCCUUGAUUGUCUGUGGAGGUGAUGGUUCUUUAACUGGUGCGGAUUUGUUUAGAGCCGAAUGGCCCUCUUUAAUUCAAGAGUUGAAGGACAACGGCGAUAUAACUGCUCAGCAGUAUGAUACUUACAAGCACUUGAACAUUUGUGGAACUGUUGGUUCUAUUGAUAAUGACAUGGCCACUACAGAUGCCACCAUCGGUGCAUACUCGUCGUUGGACAGAAUUUGCAAGGCUAUUGAUUACAUCGAUGCUACUGCCAACUCCCAUUCUAGAGCUUUUGUAGUGGAAGUAAUGGGUAGACACUGUGGCUGGUUGGCCCUUAUGGCCGGAAUUGCCACCAGCUCCGACUACAUCUUGAUUCCGGAAAAGCCAUCCUCUUCUAAGGGGUGGCAAGAUCAGAUGUGCACCAUUGUAGGCAAGCAUAGAGCCGAAGGCAAGAGAAAGACCAUCGUAAUUGUAGCAGAAGGUGCCAUCACAAGUGACUUGAUUCCGAUAACAGCUAACGAGGUCAAAGACGUGUUGGUGGAACGUUUAGGUUUGGAUACCAGGGUCACCACCUUGGGCCAUGUGCAAAGAGGUGGUACCGCUGUUGCUUAUGAUCGUAUGUUGGCUACAUUACAGGGUGUUGAAGCUGUCAAAGCUGUCUUGGAAGUAACACCAGAUACUCCAUCACCUUUGAUAGCCAUUGAAGAAAACAAGAUUGUCAGAAAGCCCUUAGUGGAGGCUGUAAAAAUCACCAAGUCUGUAGCUGCUGCUAUUGAGAGUAAGGAUUUCGAAAGGGCCAUGUCCUUGAGAGAUUCUGAAUUUGUGGAACACUUGUCCAACUUCAUGGCUAUGAACUCGGCUAACCACAAUGAGCCAUCGUUGCCUGUAAACAAGAGGAAACGUAUCGCUAUUUUGAACAUAGGAGCUCCAGCUGGUGGUAUGAACAGUGCCGUCUAUGCCUUUGCAACUUACUGUAUGUCUAGAGGCCACACUCCGUAUGCAAUCCACAAUGGAUUUGCCGGUCUAGCCAGACACGAGUCCGUUAGACUGAUGAAAUGGUUGGAAAUCGAAGGGUGGAACUCAGUAGGUGGCUCGGAAAUCGGUACUAACAGACAGACACCUGAAGAAACCGAUAUCGGUAUGAUUGCCCAUUACUUUGAAAAGUACCAAUUCGACGGAUUGGUGAUUGUAGGAGGGUUCGAAGGAUUCGUUUCCUUAGACCAGUUGGAAAAGGCAAGAGCCAUGUAUCCAGCUUUUAGAAUUCCUAUGGUGUUGAUUCCAGCUACUAUUUCCAAUAACGUUCCCGGUACCGAGUACUCCUUGGGUUCUGAUACUUGUUUGAACUCGUUGAUGGACUACUGUGAUGUGGUCAAGCAGUCGGCUUCUGCCACCAGAGAUCGUGCUUUCAUCAUUGAAGUCCAAGGUGGCAAUUCCGGUUACAUCGCCACUUAUGCCUCUUUGAUUAGUGGAGCACAAGCAUCUUAUGUUCCUGAAGAAGGAAUUGCAUUAGACCAGCUAGAAUUGGACAUCAAGUCGUUGAAAGAAACGUUUGCUGUGGACAGAGGUUUAUCCAAGUCUGGUAAGUUGAUCUUAAAGAGUAGCAACGCUUCCAAGGUGUUAACUACUCAGGUUCUUGCUGAUAUCAUGAAGGAAGAAGGUAACGGCGAGUUUGACACCAAGACUGCUAUUCCUGGACAUGUUCAACAGGGUGGUUUGCCUUCUCCUAUAGACAGAACAAGAGCUGCUAGAUUUGCUAUCAAAGCAGUUCAAUUCAUUGAAGAUUCGGUAGACAAGUUAGCUGAGUAUAAGUUUAGCCUUGACUGGCCCGAUGACAAUAGCAUCUCUGCCACUGCUGCUGUGUUGGGUGUAAAGUCGUCGCACUUGAGAUUCAAGUCCAUCAGACAGUUGUACGAUUUCGAAACUGAAAUUGGCAAGAGAAUGCCCAAGAAGGUCCACUGGACAAGAACCAGAGACGUGGCCGACCAGUUGGUGGGAAGAACCAGAAUGAGACCUCCUCCUUCAUAA